GAAAGUUGGCGGACACAAAAGAGUUGGACAGUGCUAGUUGGAGACGCCUAUGGAAGAAGACCUAAAGCCCAGUAGGAAAUCUGCUUCAAGCGCUUCAAACAGAUGGAAAGAGGUCCAGAGGGUAAAGUCCAACACUGCCCCCACCAGGAGUUCCCAGCAGGGUUCUGGGAUCACACUUCAAGGUCUUUCGCUGGCCCUCGACCCCUGCCGAGGCCUCUGUGACGGGGAGGAGCCCAGAUUGAGUGGGCAGGAGGAGACAACACACCAUAGCUGUGUGCAACUGCACACACUGACAAUGGCCUCAAUUCUGCAGAAGCUCAUCACCCCGCUCUUCAGUGGCCCUCCUGAGCCCCCCAGGAACAAAGUGACAGUGGUGGGCGUGGGCCAGGUUGGCAUGGCCUGUGCUAUCAGCAUCCUGCUCAGGGAGCUGGCUGAUGAACUGGCCCUGGUGGAUGUGAUGGAGGACAAGCUCAAAGGAGAGAUGAUGGACCUGCUGCAUGGCAGCCUCUUCCUCAAAACCGCAAAAAUAGUUGCAAACAAAGACUACUCUGUGACAGCAAACUCCCGAAUCGUGGUGGUGACAGCCGGAGUCCGUCAGCAGGAGGGAGAGAGCCGGCUGAACCUCGUCCAGAGAAACGUCAACAUCUUUAAACACAUCGUCCCUCAGAUUGUCAGAUACAGCCCCGACUGCACCAUCAUUGUGGUCUCUAACCCAGUGGAUGUGCUCACUUAUGUAACCUGGAAACUGAGCGGCCUUCCCCAGCACCGCGUCAUCGGCAGCGGCACCAACUUGGACUCGGCACGCUUUCGCUUCCUGAUGGCCGACAAACUGGGAAUCCACCCCAGCAGCUUCAAUGGCUGGAUCCUGGGAGAGCAUGGAGACACCAGUGUGCCUGUGUGGAGUGGAACAAAUGUUGCUGGUGUCAACCUGCAAACGUUAAACCCAGACAUCGGCACUGACUCUGACGAGGAGAACUGGAAGGAAACACACAAGAUGGUGGUGGACAGCGCCUACGAGGUGAUCAAACUGAAGGGUUACACCAACUGGGCCAUCGGUCUGAGUGUGGCCGACCUGACGGAGAGCCUCAUCAGGAACAUGAGCAGGAUCCAUCCUGUGUCCACCAUGGUGAAGGGCAUGUACGGCAUCAGUGACGAGGUGUACCUGAGUCUGCCCUGCGUGCUGAACAGCGGAGGCGUGGCCAGCGUGGUCAACAUGACCCUGACAGACGACGAGGUGGCACAAUUGCAGGCAAGCGCCGACACGCUGUGGGACAUCCAGAAGGACCUGCAGGACAUCUAACUGACCAGCAGGGGGCAAUGUAGCUUCGCCCUCCUGACAUGUCGUCACUCUGCAGUCACUAAACACCACACAGCUCCACCUCCCACAGCUUCACCUCACUGCCCUCUGUAGAUUCACAGGCGUAUGGGAGUUUAAUCCCGUCAGAUUUAGCUGUAGGUGUCAAUUUGUGACUGAGUGAAAUGCUGCUCUGACUCAUUUGUCCUCAGCCGCGUUGCAGUGUGGGACCGUUUGUCACUUGUGUUGCUUUGGUGUGUAAUAAAGCAAGUUUGUUGUUGCUUGAACAGUAAAGUGUAUGUGUUUAGUUAUUUAUUAGUAAAAGGAGCGUCUAAAGCUGUGCAGAGACUGGUGCACUGAAGGUUUUAUCUGCAAGUUCUUUAUUUAUUAUUUUAUCAUGCAAGUAAAGACUAAUUAAUAUCCAACAUAAAGUAGUUCAUAAUUAGUUUUAAAAGUUUAU